AUGUUUGCUGCUGCACCGCAGCUGCCUCCGGGGCAUUCCUAUGCUCUGUUGUCUGCUGCUGCUGCUGCACCUCCGCAGCAGCAGCAGCAGCAGCACCCUGCGGCCCACCCUGGGAACCCAGGCAAGCAGCAGCGGCACCAUCAGGCCGCUGGCGGGGCCCCUCCCGGCGCGCAGCAGCAGCAGCAGCAGCAGCAGCUUGACGCAGCAGCACAUGAUGCAGCAGCAGCAACUGCAGCAGCAGCACCUUCGCCUUCCCAGGGGCCCCGCGGCGCAGCUUCGCCCCACGUGGGGGGCCGUGGGGGGGCUCCCGGGGGCCCCAGCCACAAGACCUCUCCUUACAAAUCUGGUCUCCACGGUAACAGGCAUCAGCAGCAGCAGGUGCAGCAGCAGUUCCAGUCCCACUUGCCAAUGAGAGGCAGCCCCUUUGGGCCUGGAGGGAACAUGCAGCAGCAGCAGCAGCAAGCACAGCAGCAGCAGAUGCUGCACCAAGGGUCUCUCUCGCCCAUGGUGGGCGCUGCAAGCCCAGCAGCAGCAGCAACAGCGGCAGCAGCAACAGCAGCAGCAGGGAUACCCCCGCCUCACCCGCCACUCCCUCCAGUGCUGCAGGGGGGCCCCCAAGGGGGCCCCUCGGGGGGCCCAGGAGCAGCAGCAAGAAUUGCAGAGUCUAGGGGCCCCCUCCAGUUUAAUCCUUACGCAAAUAGCUUUACGCCUGCGACGCCCUCCUCGCAUGCAGCAGUAGCAGCAGGGUACAGAUUUGCUGCUGCUGCUGCUGCUGCUGCAGCAGCAGCAACCAGCGCUGCUGCUUUCUGA